AUGAAGCUUUUGGUAUCUCUUUCCAGUCUCCUGCUGGCCCUGUGCCUGGGCAGUGGGGCAGCGGGUCCAUUGCAGGGUCCUGGGACAGGAGCUGGACAAGGAAUGGGAGAAGCCACUGGCAAUGGAGUUGAGAAGGCCAUUGGUGAAGGAGCUAAAGAGGCAGUCAGCUCCGGAAUUGAGGAUGCCGUUGGCCAAGGGAACGGAGGAGAAGCCAGCUCUGCAUUCAGGGAGGCCACAGGAGAUGCACUCAGCAACAAACUUGGGGAAGCAGCCCACGCUCUUGAAAACACUGGGAGAGAGGCUGGCAGACAGGCUGAGAGCUUCAUUCGACAUGGAACGGAUGCUGCCCACAGCUCUGCUUCUUGGGUGAUUUCCUUCCUUGGGAUGCAGCCUUCCUCUGCUACUGCGGGGUCUCUGCCAUGGGCCUCUGUCUGCUCCCGUUCCUGUCUAACUUUGGGUUGCUCUGCCUUCCUCCUCUAUCAGAGUCAGGGUUUGGUCGUACCAAGUGCAGGUGUGUUGUCCUUGCAGGGAACGUCUGGAGGACACGGCGUGUUUGGCUCUCACGGUAGCACUGGAGGCCAGGGCCAGGGAAGUUUUGGAGGUCCAGGGUCUCCCUGGGGCCAUGGACAACCUGGAGGCUCUGAAGGCAGUUUUGGAACCAAUUCUCUGGGAGGCUCCUGGGGGCAGGGAGGCAGUGGAAGGACCCUGAACCUUGAGACCAAUGCUCAGGGGUCUGCGGCCCAGCCUGGCUAUGGGUCAGUGAGAGGCAGCCGCCAAAAUUCUGGGUGCGCCAACGGCCCACUGUCUGGCUCUGGUGGAAGCUCUACCAACUCCAGGGUAAGAGGAGGAGACUAUGCCCUGGCAGGAGAGCAAGGGAGGAGAGACACAGUCCUGGUCCCUCAUCCACAUCCUCUCCAUUCUGCUCCACAGGAAAGCAGCAGCCAGAGUGGUGGUAGCAGUGGUGGCCAAGGUGGCAGCAGUGGUGGCCAAGGUGGCAGCAGUGGUGGCCACGGUGGCAGCAGUGGUGGCCACGGUGGUAGCAGUGGUGGCCAUGGCGGCGGCAGUUCUGGGUCCAGCCACGAAUCCGAUUCCGGUAGUUCCUCGGGCAGCAGAGGGACAAGUGGCGGCGGAAGCAAACCUGAGUGUGACUACCCGCAGAACGAAGGCCGCAUAACCGGAGAAUCUGAGAGUGAGAACUCUCAGACAUCUCCUGGAGUCUUCAACUUUGACAAUUUCUGGAAGAAUUUUAAGUCUAAGCUGGGAUUCAUUAACUGGGAUGCCAUAAACAAGGGCCAAGUCCUGUCCCCCAGUACCCGGGCCCUCCUCUACUUCCGAAGACUCUGGGAGGAUUUCAAACGAAGGACUCCUUUCUUCAACUGGAAAAAAAUUACUGAGGAUCUAGACCUGCCACCGCUCCAGAAGAGGGCAGGCAGUUCUGAUCAGGUCUAUUACAACCAGCAGGCCUAUCCCACGAUGUCCAGUGGGCAGAACUCAGUGAGGAGUACCCCCAAGGGAGUAACCACACCUUCAUCCUCUGCUUCCCGGGCACAACCUGGUCUGCUGCAUUGGCUGAAGUUUUGGUAGAAAAUGAUUUCUGGUCACUGCUGAGACCUCCUGAACACCAGUCGUCAAGGAGCCCAACCAUACUUCCCAGUCUUCCCAGUCUUCCCAGCUGUGCUGACAGCCACAUCUGCUGGGCUGGGGGCCUGGCUCAUCCGUUCCUCAUUUCUCACUUUGCUGUGGUGUCUUGGUGACCACCAGCCUAACAGAAUAAGCCCCUUUCUGUUCUUACUUUAUUUUGUGACCUGAAGUAAUUGACAAUUUUCCAGAAAAAAGCUCAUGUAUUGAGUUUCUCUGUGGAAAUAAAACAUGA